UCAGCGCUGGGGGGGAGCCCUGUGUGACCAGCCCCCCCCCAGGGGGCAGAUCUCAGCCCUGCGGGAGCCUCUCUCGGCAGCCUGGCCUGCAGGGAGGAGCUGUUCUGUUGCUGCCCAGCUCCCUGCUGUGCUUUGGACUUUGUCCUGCCUUGGCCAGAGCUGCUGGGGGGGGGGUAGCCUGGGGGGGGCAGGGCUGCCUGGGCCCGGCCCUGCCUGGGUUGAUGAGCACCAGCUGGGCACCCAGAGCCAGCCAGCCCAGGGCUCCCUCAGUGGCUGCCUGGACCCUUGACAGCUGCCCCCACCCAGGAAUCAUUAACAAGCCCCUGGAUCGCUCUUAACCCAGCGCAGGUGCGGCCUGGCUCCCCUCCCUGCCCCGUGGCGACUGAGAGCUGCUGGGACCCAGGCCUGGCAGGAUGGGGAGGGGCUGCCCCCUUCUCCUCCUCGGGCUCCUGCUGCAGCUCCAGGCUCCCUGUGCCGGGCAGGCCGGGGGGGCAGGGUCCAGCGCACCCCCCUGGUCAGCAGCAUCCAGCCCCACACCUCAGACCUGGGCUAAACGCACUGAGACGCCCGCAGGGACUGGCACCCCCACUGCGGGGGCCACAGCACCAGAUGAGCCCAGCUGUGGCAGUGGGCAGCCCUGCCCCCCUUGGAGCACCUGCGAGUCCUGGGCUGGGCACUUCUCCUGCCGCUGCGCCCUGGGCUUCUAUCUCAGCCGGACCAUGGGCUGUGUGCCAGCCAGGACGUUCCCGGGGCGCCUCUCCCUGCGGGCCCCCGGCCCGGCACCCCCGAGCCCGCUGCCACCUGCCGACCUGCGCAGGGUCGUCGCCCAGCUGGAGAGCCUGUUCCAGCCUAUCCUGGGGCAAUUGGACGCUUAUCUGUCCUCGUCCGUCCUGGACCUGCAGCCGCACAGCCAGGCGGUGACCGUCCUGCACAGCUUCUCGGCGCGCUCGUCCGUCACGGCCCGGCAGGUGGACGGGGCCAUCGCGGGGUUCUGGGCGCGGUGCCAGGCCAGCGACCCGGCCUGCAGCUUCCUGCGGGACACCGUCUCCUACCAGAGCCUGAGUCUCUGUGAGCUGCAGCCCUGCGACCCCGUCUCCACAGCCUGCGUGUUCCAGGACGGGCUGGCCCAGUGCCCCUGCCGGCCGGGAUACCACCCCGGCCCCGCCCCCGGCCCCACCAUGGGCCGUGCCUGCACAGCCUGUGGCAGCGGGUUCUGGCUGCGGGAUGGCGUCUGUGCCAGGUGCCCGUUUGGCUUUGGUGGCUUCCAGUGUGAGGAGCCCUUCCUGCUGGCGCUGGUUGGGGUGUCCUGUGCUGGGGGCGUCCUGCUGCUGCUGAUGGUGCUGCUGCUCCUGGGGAGAGCCAAGGCCCUGGCGCAGGGCCCCAGCCUGGCAGAGCCGGUCGUGCCGCCCUUCCAGCCCCAGCAGCGGAGCCUGCCCCGGGUGCGCCCCCCGCGGCCCCUGGAGGAGGUGGAGAUCCUGGAGCUCGGCCGCGGGGACAGGCUGAGCCUGGGUGCUGGGCGGGUGCUGGCCGCCGGGCCCCGCAUGAAGACGUUCCGGGGCUCCCAGAGCUCGCCCAGCUCGGCCCCCGGCCAGGGGGUGGCCAGAGCAACCUGGUGUUUGUCAGCGACGAGGAAUGGGGCCGGCGGAACUGCUGAGGGGCGGGCGGGGCACCGCCCCAUACCUAGCCCCGUGCCCAGCCCAGGAGGAGACGGUGCCAUUCGAACACAGAUCCUCAGCCCUACCCUGAGCUGGGAGGGGCUGCCACACGGGUGUGCUGAUUGGCUGGCACGGUGUGAUCACCGCUCCCAGCCCCGUGUCUGA